AGAUUCACGUCGACGUUACGAUUAUUGUUUCUGCACUAUGGCUCAUUUCGUGAAUAGCAGCUAUUGUCGCAAUCGUUGUUUUGAUAGAGGAUUGUGCUAUGUUUUGGGAAACAACUAUCACUGCAUAUGUCAUCAGCCUUCCGCUUAUGACGAUUGCCGAGAUAACACUACUACGACUGCAACUACUACCACAAUUUUUCACGAGAAGCAACCGUCUACUAUUUCACAGAUCAAAGUAGUUUGCGGAGUUGUGGUUGUCGUGUUGUUAGGCCUAGCGCUGAUCACUCUAUAUGGAUUGCAUCAGAUGGAUAGCACAAGCCGAAACGGUACUGGUGUGGAACAAGCAGGAAGAGAAGAAGCGCCUAGCUUCCGAGCUACCUUCCGCUCAAGUGCGCCUCCGCUGGAGGAGUGAGCGGCAUAAUUAUUUAUUCACUUAUUUUUUUAUAAAUCUUAGGCGCGUUAUUGCGCUCGCUCUCUUAUUUCUGUG